AUGGUGCUGAUAGUUCGGAGUUUAGAUGUAGUGGUGCUGAUAUUCCAGAGUUUAGAUGGAAGACAAAGAAAACCUGAAGUCACUGGUGAGAAAAGUUCAUCUACAGUGUCAGCUUCAAAGACUGGCUCAUUACCUCUUGUAUAUGUUGUCUGGUUCUUUUAUUCAUCUUUAUUAACAGCAAAAGUUGUUUUAUUGUUCAAACUUGAUGUAGCUCAGUCCUUGGACGCUGAUUCAGCAUUUGGUCCCCAAUUGUUGAAAGUUAUUAUAGCAUCUGCUGCAGUUGUUUUCUUGCUACUUGUAGAAACACAUAACAAUGCUGAGCCACAUUCUGAUCACCAAGCUUAUAUUUACUUUCUCAUUACUUCUACAGUGUUUGAAAUUUUUGACAGUGUUACAUUUUUAGGUAUACUUUUCCCAACACAGUCAAAAAUAGUACUAACUUACGAGUUAGAAAAUGCGGUUCUUGUGCUUUCCUGUAUAAAUUUCAUUCUUCCUACUAUGACACUGUAUAAGCUAAGUUUAUCACAGUUUGGUGCUCAGGCACGUUCUUUGGGAUUGCAGUUAUUGUACAAGGGUCUGCAUCUUGGUUUGGUUAACAUACCAUACUUUGUUAUCCGUGUGUAUCUUUGGACUUUAUAUGAUCAUGAUGUUACAUUGUUUCUCCUGAAAAACAUUUUGGCUGUUAUUGUAACAGCAAGGUCUGCUGUUCCUGAUCUCAGAUUGUGGUGGCAGUCGAUCCGUGUAACUAAAAAUAAGCGUCAUGUUUGCUUUGGGGGGGCCAUGGAACUUGGCAGAAUUUAUGAGAUAACAGAUAAUCAUGGAGAUGAGACUAAUAUCCAUGAUGCAAAAAAAGAGCUAUAUAGUACGCAACUGUAACUGGGUAUUAUUUAUGUAGAAUUGUAAUAAAUAUGACAUUCUCUUUUG